AUGACAUCCGGCGAUAAAGAAUCUCCAAUGGAUAUGGAGGUCGCAAAGGAGGCAUCGGUUGAGAAUGUUCGCGCCAAUUCGACUGAGGUUGCAACAGCAACUGUUGCAGGACACCUUGUCCCCGCUGAUUUUUCUGAGCACCACGAGAUGAAGCAAGGCUUGAACUCUCGUCAUCUUCAAAUGAUGGCCUUGGCAGGAGCUAUCGGCACCGGGCUAUUUCUUGCCUCUGGCCGUGCUGUUGCACAAGCUGGUCCUCUUGGUGCGCUGAUGGGAUAUACCUUUGUCGGGGCUAUGGCAGCCUGCGUGGUGCUCGCUGUGGCUGAGAUGGGUGCUCUCAUCCCGCUCAGCGGAGGGAUUGUACGGUAUGCGGAAAUAUUUGUCGAUCCUGCGCUGUCCUUCGCGAAUGGUUGGAACCUGGUGUAUAAAGGGUUGAUUUUCAUACCCACCGAAAUUGUGGCUGCUUCUGUUUUGAUGCAGUUUUGGACUGACCUCAACAGUGCUAUUUGGAUUACCAUAUUUGGUGCUUUGAUGGCACUAAGCAACUUCUUGUUCGUCCGAGUCCUAGGCGAGCUUGAGUUUGGCUUCGCGCUCAUGAAGAUUGCUCUCAUCGUCAUCGUGAAUGUGUUGGCAAUUGUCGUGGUUGCCGGAGGAGGGCCAAAAGGCGAUGUAAUCGGUUUCAGAUAUUGGCAAGAUCCUGGCCCGUUUGUUCAAUACCUUGGCAUCCCGGGCUCCCUUGGACGCUUUCUUGGAUUCUGGACAACUUUCAACAAUGCCCUCUAUGCUUUUUCUGGCAUUGAAAAUAUCUCACUGGCAGCUGCUGAGGUUAAAAAUGCUCGUCGCGUCAUUCCUCAAGCCGCGAAGAGAGUCUUUUGGCGGGUGGCCAUAUUUUACAGCUUGACCAUCUUCUUGGUUGGCCUCGUUGUUCCUUCAACAGAUGAACGACUUCUUCGCUCUAAAGGAGCUGCGGCCUCUCCAUUCGUGAUAGCCGCAAACCUGGCAGGCAUCAAGGUGAUUCCUCACGUCAUCAAUGCAAUUGUCAUCACCUCGGCCUGGUCCUGUGGGAACUAUGGCAUGAUGAGCUACGUCCGCUACCUGUUUGGUCUAGCAAAAAAUGGCCACGCUCCCAAGAUCUUUACUGCUAUCAAUCGCUUUGGAAUUCCAUAUGUAUCCGUCAUUCUCUUUACGCUCUUCAUGGCUCUUGGAUACAUGACGACAUCUUCCAGUGCAUCAACCGUGUUUACUUGGCUUCAAGACCUCCUCUCAAUCGCUAUCUUGGUCAACUGGACUGUUAUUCUCUCAACAUAUCUGCGUUUCUACUAUGCCUGCAAGAAGCAAAACAUCGACCGAAAUGAGCUUCCGUACAAGUCGCCCUUCCAGCCAUACUAUUCUUGGGUAUGCCUUACUUUCUUCAUCCUUCUUCUCCUGACAUCCGGAUGGCAGACAUUUCUCAAAGGUCGUUGGGAUACGAAGACAUUUGUCGCUUCCUACUUCAACAUUCCCUUUGUCCUUCUCCUCUAUUUCGGUUAUAAGUUCAUCAAGAAAACGAAAAUCAUUCCGCUUGAUGAGGUUCCUAUUCGACCCUUCUUGGACCUGGCACUUGCCGACCCCUCUCCUCCUCUGAAGCCGAAGAAGGGCCUGCGCAAGCUUAACAUUCUCUGGUAG